AUGUUCCCGGAGCCCCCAACACCCAGGCCUCCAGCGCCCGACACGCCUCCUGACUCGAGUCGCAUCAGCCAUGGCCCUGUGCCCCCCUGGGCUCUGGCCACCAUCGUGCUGGUCUCAGCCCUCCUCGUCUUGAGCUGCUGUUUCUGUCUCUACCGGAAGCGUUGUCGGAGGCGAAUGGGCAAGAAGAGCCAGGCCCAAGCCCAGGUUCACCUUCAGGAAGUGAAGGAGCUGGGCCGGAGCUACAUAGACAAGCCAGAAGUGGAGGAGCUGGAGCCGACGCCCUCGGGGCCAGGGCAGCAGGUGGCCGAGAAGAAUGAACUAGGACGACUGCAGUACUCACUGGACUAUGAUUUCCAGAGUGGCCAGUUGCUGGUGGGCAUCGUGCAAGCUGAGGGGCUGGCAGCCUUGGACAUAGGUGGCUCCUCUGACCCCUACGUGCGGGUCUACCUGCUGCCAGACAAACGGAGGCGGCACGAGACCAGGGUGCAUCGGCAGACGCUGAACCCUCACUUUGGGGAGACUUUUGCCUUCAAGGUCCCCUACGUGGAGCUGGGGGGCCGGGUCCUGGUCAUGGCGGUGUACGACUUCGACCGCUUCUCCCGCAACGACGCCAUCGGGGAGGUGCGGGUCCCCAUGAGCUCCGUGGACUUGGGGCGGCCAGUGCUGGCCUGGCGCGAGCUGCAGGCGGCGCCUCGCGAGGAGCAGGAGAAACUAGGAGACAUCUGCUUCUCCCUCCGCUAUGUCCCCACUGCCGGGAAGCUCACCGUCAUCGUUCUGGAGGCCAAAAACCUGAAGAAGAUGGACGUGGGAGGGCUGUCAGAUCCGUAUGUCAAGGUCCACCUGCUGCAGGGCGGCAAAAAGGUGCGGAAGAAGAAAACCACCAUCAAGAAGAACACUCUGAACCCCUAUUACAACGAGGCCUUCAGCUUCGAGGUGCCCUGCGACCAGGUCCAGAAGGUGCAGGUGGAGCUGACUGUGCUGGACUACGACAAGCUGGGCAAGAACGAGGCCAUCGGGAGGGUGGCCGUAGGGGCAGCGGCCGGGGGGGCUGGUCUGCGGCACUGGGCAGACAUGCUGGCCAACCCCAGGCGGCCCAUCGCCCAGUGGCACUCGCUGCGGCCACCUGACCGAGUGAGGCCACCGCCAGCACCAUGA